AUCUAGAACCACCCAAAGAAGGUUUCUUUCUUUCUCCAGUGGCAGAUAGCGUGUUAUUUUCACCUGAGGAUCUAGAAGCAAUGUUCAGAUACGAGAACUCAGUGCUGCAUAAACCCACAGUUAUACUUUUGAACCAAGCACAUACCAGAGCUCCAGUGUCCUCUAUGGAAGUUGAAUCCCUUAAGGUUCCCAUUGAACAAGUUGAAUAUUCACAAGUCCAUUUUGAAUAUCCUUCCUAUACACCAGCAUUCCCCAAAACUCGAUUUUCUCAGGAAAAGUCCAUAACUCAGGAAGCAGACCUCCACGAAGAUAUAUAUCCUUUUCCUACGCAGCAUGGGGGGCUGUAUCUACCUCCAGAUUCCUUUAUGGGUGCAGAACCUUCUAUAGCUCAGCACCUGAGCUUGUCUCAACUUGAAGACCUUGCUGAGAAUGUAGGACCAUCUCUAGUGCUACAGCUCACCCCUGCACAGGCUUCAGAACCUCCAAAGGAGAGAGUUUUUUCUCCAAUCCAGCAGGUGGUCCCAAACCAGCUGCCAGAGUCAAUGAACAAUAUUGUAACUCACCUUCUAACACAGCAAAUAAUAGGCCCAACACCAGGUCAGAUUCAAGAGGAGUAUCCAACAGCACACACUGUCUCCUUUCAGGCUUUGGACCUGGAAUUCACCAUAACUUCACAGUAUACUCCAGAGGCCGACCACACUACAGAACCAAAGAGGACACCUCCUCCAACAUAUCCUCAGGUGACAUUUCCAUACCCAUCUGAAGUCACAGUUCAACCUUUGGAUCUGGGAUUUACCAUAAGUCCACAGCCAACUCCUGAGGAACUUCCUCAAACUAUACCAGAGAUCACAGCUCAGAUUACAGAACCACCUAGACAGGUUGUAGCUCCAGCCCCUCUAUAUCAGAAAAUGACAGUUCCAACACCAGGUCAGGAUCAAGUUGAAUAUCCCAUUCUACCUGCUGUCUCAUUUCAGCCUUUGGACUGGACACUCACCAAAAAUUCAGAUCCUACAAGAGAGACUCAGCAGCCUACAGCCACAAUGAAGACUAUAGUUCCUUCUCCAGAGCACCUUCAGGAUUACAUUUCCUAUGUAACUGAAGUCACAGUUCAACCUUUGGAUCUGGGACUUACCAUAAGUCCACAGUCUGCUCCUGAGGAACUUCCUCAAACUAUGCCAGAGAUCACAACUCAGAUUACAGAACCACCUAGAGAGGUUGUAGCUCCAGCCCCUCUGUAUCAGAAGAUGAUAGUUCCAACACCAGGUCAGGAUCAAGUUGAAUAUUCCAUUCCACCUGCUGUCUCAUUUCAGCCUUUGGACUGGAAACUCACCAUAAGUUCAGAGCCUACUAGAGAAGUUCACCACUCCACAACCCCAAAGGAGACUACAGUUCCCCCUCCAAAGCCCUCUCAGGUGACACCUCCACAAGAGUUUCACAUUCAGAAUCUAUACCUAAGUGAAGCUGCAGUUCAACCUGUGGAUCUAGGACUUACCAUAACUCCACAACCAAAUUCUGAGGAACUUCCUCAAACUAUGCCAGAGAUCACAACUCAGAUUACAGAAACACCUAAGGAACUUGUAGCUCCGUUAUAUCAAGAGGUGACAGUUCCAACACCAGGUCAGGAUCAAGCUGAGUAUCCAACACUUCCUGUUGCCUCAUUUCAGCCUUUGGACCCAGAACUCACCCUAAGUUCAGAGCCUCCAAGUGAGACUGAGCAGCCUACAGCUGAAGUCACAGUUCAACCUUUAGAUCUGGAACUUACCAUAAGUCCACAAUCUACUCCUGAGGAACUUCCUCAAACUAUGCCAGAGAUCACAACUCAGAUUACAGAACCACCUAGACAGGUUGUAACUCCACUCUAUCAAGAGGUGACAGUUUCAACACCAAGUCUGGCUCAAACUGAGUAUUCAACUUCACCCAUUGUGUCAUUUCAGCCUUUGGACCUAGAACUCACCAAAAAUUCAGAGCCUACAAGAGAGGCUCAGCAGCCUACAGCCACAAUGAAGACUAUAGUUCCUUCUCCAGAGCACCUUCAGGAUUACAGUUCCUAUGUAACUGAAGUUACAGUUCAACCUUUAGAUCUGGGACUUACCAUAAGUCCACAGUCUGCUCCUGAGGAACUUUCUCAAACUAUGCCAGAGAUCACAACUCAGAUUACAAAGUCACCUAGAGAGGUUGUAGCUCCAGCCCCUCUGUAUCAGAUGACAGUUCUAAUACCAGGUCAGGAUCAAGAUGUGCACUCAACAACCCUUCAGCCUGUGGGCCUGGAACUCACCGAAACUUCAGACUCCACUAGAGAGGCUGAACAUUAUACAGCCCUGGUGAUGACUACAGUUCCUUCUCCAAAGUACUCUCUUCCAGAACAGGUUCUCUUUCAGCAUCUAAACCCGGCUGAAGUCACAGUUCAAGCUUUGGAUCUGGGACUUACCAUAACUCCACAGCCUGAUACUGAGAAAGAACUUUCUCAAACUACACAGGAGAGCACGACUCAGCUUAAAGAUCCACCAAAGGAAGCUGUCGCUCAAGCUCCAGUCUAUCAGGAAGUGACACUUGCAACAUCUAGUCAAGAUGCAUUUGAGGAUCCAACCUUACCCAUCAUCACAUUUCGGCUUUUGGACCCGGAUCCAGAGCCUGCCAGAGAGGCUGACAAUUUAACAACCUUGAAGGAGACUACAGUUCCUCCUCCAAAGUACCCUUGGGUGACACUUCCAGAACAGGUUCACACUCAGCAUCCACACCCAAGUGACGUUACAUUUCAACCUUUGGAUCUGGAACUUAGCAUGUCUCCACAACCUACUCCUGAAGUAGAGCUUUCUCAAACUGAACAGGAGACAAAAACUCAGCCCUCAUAUUCAGCUAAAGAGGUGGUCACUCCAGAACCAGGUCAACCAGAAGUGACAGUUCCAACACCAGGUCAGGAUAAAACUGAGUAUCGAACACUGCCUGCGGCCUCAUUUCAGCCUUUGGACCUACAACUCACCACAAGUUCAGAGCCUACAACCCCACACAAAAGUACAGUAGUUUCUCUUCCACAGUACUAUCAGACAACACUUUCAGGAGAAGUUUCUAUUCAACAUCCAAAUCUAACUGACGUUACAGAUCCACCUUUGAAUCUGGAACUUACAGUAAUUCCAAGCCCCAAUCUGAAUGUUGAGACUUCUCCACCUAGACAAGAGAUGCUUCCUGAACAGCCACAUGAGGAGGUUACAGCAAAAGCUCCCGUGUUUUAUGAAAUCACACCAAUUCAGGAUCAAACUCCACAUCUGGUUUCUCCGAAAGUCACAGAUCAACAUAUAAAAGUAGAGCAUGAUAUACCUACAAUCUCCAGUGUAGAGAAUGGACUUUUGGCAGCUACAUACAGUAGUACAGCUCUCCCUCUAAUGCACCGUGAGAUGACCCUUCUAUCUGAAGACCAGGCUCAGGUCCUGCAUGGAAACCCAACUCAAGUCACAAUUCAUCCCUCACACCCAGAAUUCUCCUUAGCUUCGCCACCUGCUACAAUGGUUAAACGCUCUGCACCAGUUCAGUCGACGGAGUCAUCGAAGGAGACUGCAGCGCAAUCUCCAGCACAUCUCAAAGUGACAGUUCUCGUGCUUGCUCAUGGUCAAUCUCAGCAUCUAAACUCAGAGACUGCACAACCUGAAGUCUCAGCAACCACUCAUCCAGAGACUCCACAUUCCACAGCCUCACCAACUACUCACCCAGAGACUACACAUUCCACAGCCUCACCAACUCCUCACCCAGAGACUACACAUUCCACAGCCUCACCAACUCCUCACCCAGAGACUANGACUACACAUUCCACAGCCUCACCAACUCCUCACCCAGAGACUACACAUUCCACAGCCUCACCAACUCCUCACCCAGAGACUACACAUUCCACAGUCUCACCAACUACUCACCCAGAGACUACACAUUCCACAGUCUUACCAACUACUCACCCAGAGACUACACAUUCCACAGACCUAACCACUAUGCCCCCUCCUUCCACAUACAACGAGGUGGUACUUUCACAGUCAAGCCAGGUUCAGGCUCAACAGCCAAAGCCAAGUGAAGUCACAACGUGGCCUUCAGCCAUAAGUCAGCAAUCUUCUACAACGCCACAGUCUGUUAUACCAGCAAGCCCCUUGGCACCUAUGCUUGAGAGCACAGCUCAGCAAAUACCAAGUGGCAUCGCACUUGAACCUAUGAAUCUUGAACCUACCACAACUCCAUAUGCUGGAAAUUUUAAUACUGAAAAAGAUUUAAUUCUUCAAAUGAAACCAAAUGUCUCCACAAGCACCAACAUAUGUGACCUCUGCUUGUGUGAAAAUCACACACUACUGUGUAGUCAUCUCAGCCCAAAACAGAGACUCCACCAGGUGCCUGUGCUGAGACCCAGAACCCAUAAGGGCACCCUGACUGUUUUAAACUUCCAUGGAAAUGUUAUUUCUUACAUUGACAAAAAUGUAUGGAAAGCAUACCGUUGGGCUGAGAAACUAAUUCUCAGCGAAAAUCGUCUGACUGAGUUACAUAAGGAGUCAUUCGAAGGCCUGCUAUCCCUCCAGGUUUUGGAUUUAUCUUGCAAUAAAAUACAUCACAUUGAAAGAAGGACAUUUGAGUCAUUACCUUUUUUGAAGUAUAUAAACCUUGGGUGCAAUUUACUCACUGAACUGAACUUUGGAACAUUUCAAGCCUGGCACGGAAUGCAGUUUUUACAGCAGUUAAUCCUCAACCAUAACCCUCUGACAGUUGUCGAAGAUCCUUUCCUUUUUAAAUUGCCAACAUUAAAAUAUCUGGACCUGGGGGCCACACAGGUGCAACUGACAAUGGUUGAGAACAUCCUCAUGAUGACGCUGGAGCUGGAACAUCUGAUCUUACCUAGCCGCAUGGCCUGCUGCCUCUGCAAAUUUAAAGCUGAUAUUGAGGUUAUCUGCAAGACAAUCAAACUGCGUUGUCAUAACGGAUGUCUGACAAACAACACACAUUGUCUUAAAGCGUCUAUAGGGGACCCAGAAGGAGCGUUCAUGAAGGCGUUGCUGGCCCGAAAGGAGAAGAGCAGAGCUGAGCUCACUAUUGAACCAGAAAAGAGCUAUGCAGACCAACCCGAUCUUGGCUCUUUGGGCCUCAUGAAUGAACAGCUUGACUUUAACGAUGAAAGUGAUGUUAUUAGUGCCCUAAAUUACAUACUGCCGUAUUUCUCAGAGGGUAAUCUGGAAGACGUGGUAUCGACAUUGUUGCCAUUCAUUAAACUCCUGUUUUCCAAUAUACAAAAUGGAGAUAAUUCACCGGGACCCUUCCAAAAUGAUACAAAGAGCCUUACUCUUAAAUCGGUACCUAAGGCUAGUAAGUUGGCUUAUAAAAACAAAGUGAAUAAGCUUUCUUUUCUAGAAAACCUGCUAGAUGCAGAAAUCAAUGAGGUUAGAGAGAAAGAGAAAACCGCCAUGCUUGUGCAUCGCUCGGGCCGUUUAGAUCCCAAAUUUAAACGACAGAUAUUUGAAAAGAGAUGGGAACCUGCCCCGGCUGAGGAAGACAGUCUUGCAGAGAUCGAGAAGGCAGAGAGACGGCUCCACAGCAUGAGCAGAGUCCCCAAGGGGACAGGAAGCAUACAGAAAAGGCACUUCAAGGAUGUGAGUGGCAAGAGCCUGUGGACCAAGCAGAGCGUCCAGACCCCUGUGGAGAGCAUCUCCAAGGACAGGCAGCUCGGGAGCCCACCCUCAACAGACUGGCAGCAGCUCGGUCUGGAGCAGAAGCCCAGGGAGUUAGUGGGCCAUUCCUUCCCCUCAGAGCCCUUGCUCCCAAAGGAGCACAGGGAAGAGCUCUCUUCUUCCCCAGAACCGCCCCUGCUGGACAAGGCUCCCACUACAAACUCUCUACCUGAGUUCAUAGACAGACGAAAAGACUUGUCUUACACCAUUUUCGUUUUAGAAAGUGCAAAUGCUAAUGUGAAGAGAACGAAGGGUUCUAACCCAAGUUUACAACCUGAAGCGAGGCAUNGAAACCUUAGGAAGAAAAAAUCUCAUUUUCAGUUGAUUGCAAAGAGGCCGGCAGCAUCCUCUGCAGUGAGGAGCCUGGUAAAUUCCCCUGCACGAGGGGUCUUUUCAUCUUUAAGAGACCUGAGGUACCCAGAAAGGCCCUUUUCGGAAUUAUAUGUUGCUUCAGAGCCUCUUGAAGAAAAUCGGGCUGCAACUGAUAAUGUUGAAGAAAAUAAUCUCAAACAAAUUGUCACUAUGCCUGAAGAAACUACAUCAGAAAAUAAACCUCCUGAGAAUCCCACUGCAGAUUCUAAUGUGUCGACGACAUCCAACUUAAUUUCAACUGUUCAGCAAACCAGCAAGCCACAGUCAGUCUUCACUGUGGGGGCUGAUACACAUGCUGAUCUCACUGAAGUUGCUUACCCAUCGCUGAUGUCCCCAGGAGAACAGUUUGAAUCUCAUCUCAACCAGCAGCUGCUGCCCCUCAUCCCCAACAACGAUGUGAGAAAGCUCAUCUCUCACGUUAUCAGGACUUUGAAGAUGGACUGCUCUGACACUCGUGUGCAAAUGUUCUGUGCCAAGCUCAUCUCCAGAACAGGCCUCCUGAUGAAGCUCCUCAGCGAGCAGCAAGAUUUCAAGCUGUCCAGGGCUGACUGGGAUACAGACCAGUGGAAAACUGAGAACUACAUCAAUGAAAGCACAGAAACCCAAGGCGAACAGAGGAGUCUGGAACCAAGUCAGCUCACAAAAGCAGUUCCAGGAUAUGGCUACAACAACAAGGUCAUCUUGGCGAUAUCUGUGACCGUCAUAGUGACAGUUUUGAUUAUCAUUUUCUGUCUCAUUGAGAUUUAUUCUCAUAGAACAGCAAAAGAGGGAGAUGAAGAAAAGUCCUCCAGGUAUAAAAAAAACUACUACAAGAUCACUGAGACUCAGGAUGGGUUUUUCUGGCUAAGGUGCCCACUGUGGCUUAGAGACAUGUAUAGGCCUCUGCACGAUACCCGAAAGAAAAACAUGGCUCAAGACCUACAGGACAGGGAGUCAUCUGGAGAGGAGGAGAUUUUCAAUAAGGAUGUACCAAGGGAGUUCAAGAAAAGAUCCUCGGUGAGAUCGUCCGCAGGAGAGAGUGAAAUAAUCGAAGCCCCACGGUGA